GAAGAGCCUACCAAAAAGUGGAAGAGUUGCAACGUCUCCUAGAAGUGGCCGUCAGCAACUUCAAGCAGCUUGGAGGCAUCACUCCCCAGGAAAGGCAGACCAAACUCGAUGAGAAAAGGUUUGAAAGGACCAUCUCUGAGCUGAAUAUGCAGCUGGAAUAUGAGCAGAUGCGACGGGAGAAGUUGGAAGCUCAGCUGGACGAAACCCGAGCAGAACUAGGAAAACUCAAAGAGCUACAAGAAAAAAACGAGAUGCCUUCGACCCAUAAGUUCCCUGUGGAGUCACUGGAUUUCCCGAAAGAAGAGCCUGACUCAGACGCAGCCGUCUCCGAUUUGCCUAAAGUGAGUUUUGACAGCAAGAAAGAGAAGAAGAUGAAGAAAAGGCCUCCUUUCAGCCCUGGGGGUGUGAUUGUAAAAAGGUUCUAAGAGAAGUAAGGAAUAAACAAAAGUAAGCAUUUGACUCAAAGGAGAAUUGAGUCCAGUCACCUUCCUGUACAAUCCUAAGCAGAAAAGUAGGUUAAUUAACAAUGUCAC